AUGGAGCAUGAUUCACAGGUGGGUAAGAAAGGGUGGGGGGAUCGAUCGGAAGGUGAUGGAGAAGGCAAGGAGCGAUAUCUCCUGCCAGAGGUCGGAAUAACGGGUGGCCUGACCAUCAAGGCUAGUCAGACCGGGGAUAAGCUGCUGCUGGUUCCUGGGCCUGACAGUGGGACGAAGGCCGACGCCGUAGCAGCGCGCCUCCGAAAAGCGGUGGCGGGCCUCGCUGAGGUGGGAAGGCCGGAAAAGAUGACGGGCCUACGGGUAUCUGGCCUCGAAGACACCGCAACGAUUUCGGAUGUCAUCAAGGAGUUGGCUGAUAAGGGAGGCUGUCCCACCAAUAUGGUAACAGCCUCGGAGUUGCGUGACUCCUGGGCCGGGCCCAGGGGGUAUGGGACUCACGGUGGUGCGGUGCCCAAUCGGCAUCGCAAAGAAGGUGAUGUCCGGCGGCGUGCUCAAAGUGGGCUGGUGCGCCGCAUAGACAAUAGUUCUUUCUGGUUAUAUUUCCUCAUCAAAGGGAAUCAGUCGUUCUCCCUUUUCGAUAGAGCCGAACAUUCGAUUAGGGCGACAGGCGGGGCGGCGGCGGCGUCGCCCUCGCAGUAG